AAAUGAGAAAUUGUUUAUUUGUAGGUGUGCCCUUUCUCUGCCUUUAUCGCCCCGGUCGGAGCUUUUGUCCAGACCCCAAAGCCGCCGUCGCCGCCGCCGCCGCCGAACUAAUCCUACAAACACACUCCAAUUUCCAAUUCCAGCUUCAGAAAUCUCCACCGACAAUGGCCACUUCCACCGGCAGCCUCUACGCUACCUGCUGCUCCUGUUACACUUCCAAAAACGUCGAUAAUUAUCUCUUCCCCAAACACAGACGCAACUACAUCUCUCAAUUCUCCUCACCAUUAUCGUUUUCCCUAUCAUCCUCUUCUCCCUCCCGCCCAAUUUUAGCCAGAGCAUUGCCGAACUCCGAUAAGAGCAGCAACAUUUCCACUAAAAAGGAACAGCUGGCGGCGGAGGAGGAGGAGGAAGUGGAGGAGGAUUUGCCGUGGAUUCAGGAGAAGGCUCUGGAUUUGGUCGAGUUCACCGGCUCCGUCUCUCAGGCAAUUCCUGGCCCACGCGUUGGCCGGAGCUCCCUGCCGUGGGUUUUGGCCGUGCCGUUGGCUUAUCUCGGCGUCACUUUCGUCAUUGCCUUUGUUAAGACCGUCCGCAAAUUCGGUUCGCCGAGGGAGAAACGCCGCCAGCUGAUCAAUAAAAAUGUUGUGAUAUGCAAGUCAAUAGAUGAGCUGUUCGAGAAGGGAAUGAAUGAAGUGGACCAAUCAGAUUUAAAGGGACUGAUGCAAAAGACAGGUUUUGACACGGAGGAGAUUUUACGGAAAUACAUUCGCUAUGUGUUGAACGAGAAGCCAUUUGAUCCAGAUUUGAUAUCUAACUUAAUCCAGCUCAGGAAAAAACUAAUGUUGGAUGAUUCUCAAGUAGCUGUCAUUUUGUAUGAGAUUUCAAGAAGGAUAGUGAAAGACAAAGGUCCGGUGGUAAUGGAUAUGUCAGGAUAUUCAGAAACGGGUUUCAAAAGAAAACUUGCCGUGCAAGCUCUUUUUGGGAAGGUUUAUUAUUUGUCUGAGCUGCCUGAGUUCGGGUCAAAAGACAGUUCUUUAACCGUUAAAGAGAUAUUUGGGGUUGCAGAUGAAGAUGCUGAGAAGCUUCGUCUACACGCUGUUUCAGAAGCCGGCGAUCUUGAUUCACUAGAGAAAAUGAUCGAUGGCACAGAUGCACCGGAGUCAAGCGAUGAAUCGUCUCGUUCGUCUUGAUAAAGGUAAUCUAGGCGAUGUUUGCAGUUAUUUUGUUCGAUACCUUGUAGGAAAAAGUUUUGUAAGAUUUUCUAUGAUUUUUGUUGCUGCUGGACUAUGAGGGGUCUUCUUAGCUUUGAUGUUUACAUCGAAUUUUGCCAAACGGAAUCUUUGGAGCAGAUUGUUCUUCAAUAAUUGAGAUCUCGAUUUUCGAGCGUGCUGUAAUUGCGAUUGAGUUACCUUAA